UAGAUGGUGCUGAGGAUCAGGAGCGGAUUCGUCUAAAACUAAAACAGCAAAAUGCAAAAACUACGAAAAAAACAAAAUUACCUUGUAUGAAAUCUGCGCCAGCAUGAGUUGAAAACAACACACCCACCUAGCUAUAUACCACCACAGCCCAAGCUUCAAUCAUCAAAACGCUCCCAGGCAAGGCACGCCCUUCAAUGUCCUCUUAGGACUCCCCCCCUCCCUCUCCCUCCCGCAGUUGAUAUUUGUAUAAACGUACAUACUAAUUGACAACAUCACAAAGGCCAAAAAUCACCUAAUGGCGACUUCGACACAAGGAGUUAAUCUAGAUCCCGAGAAACAGACCCUCCUAAACCAGCACAAAGAGAAACACUUCACUGCCGGAGAGAUCGUUCGUGACAUCAUCAUCGGUGUAUCCGAUGGUCUAACUGUUCCUUUUGCUCUUGCUGCCGGUUUGUCUGGAGCUAAUGCUACGUCUUCCAUUGUUCUCACCGCCGGCGUCGCCGAAGUUGCUGCUGGCGCCAUCUCCAUGGGACUUGGAGGAUAUCUAGCGGCUAAAAGUGAGGCAGAUCACUACGCAAGAGAGCUCAGGAGAGAGCAAGAAGAGAUCAAGAGUGUUCCCGAUACAGAGGCGGCUGAGGUGGCUGAGAUACUGGCACACUAUGGAAUAGAGCCGCACGAGUAUGGGCCUGUGGUUAGUGCUCUAAGGAAGAAGCCUCAAGCCUGGCUUGAUUUCAUGAUGAAUAUGUGCGAAGGCCUGAUUACGACAAGCCCUGAAUGGUCCCCUACCCAGAGCACGGGUGAUCUGCAAAUUGCACCGCACCAACCCUGCUUUUAUGUUAUCCAGCAUCACGAGAUACCAUAUAACCUUUUGACUUCCAUAUUUGAGCUAGGAUUGGAGAAGCCGGAUCCAAGAAGAGCACUGCAGAGUGCGCUGACUAUUGCCAUUGCUUACAUUUUGGGCGGAUUCGUACCCCUCAUUCCUUACAUGUUCAUUCCAAGCGCUCAAGAUGCUGUGAUUGCUUCGGUGAUCUUAACUUUGGCAGCUUUGCUGAUCUUCGGCUUUGCAAAGGGUUACUUCACUGGUAAUAAACCCUUUAGAAGUGCUUUGCAAACUGCCCUUAUUGGUGCCAUUGCAUCUGCUGCAGCAUUUGGCAUUGCUAAGGCUGUCCACCCAUAAUCCUCCUAUUCAAUAUUAUGUAAUCUCAACAGUUCAAAUAAUUGCACCCGUUUUUUUCCGUUUCCCUGCCUAUGAUGAUUGCAUUCGUUUCAGUAUCAUGAAGCUUUGAUGAGUUUUUGCACAAAA